AUGGCUCACUUAAGACUACUGAUAAAACUAUUCUGUAAAAAACUUUUUCACCACAAAAAGUUCUGGAAGUUUGGUGCAGUGAUUUUUUUCUUUAUGGUGUUUUUGAUUUUAAUGCAAAGAGAAGUAAGUGUCCAAGAUUCCAAAGACGUAUCAGGGAUUGAGAAAAAUAAAAACAAGAUGUUUGAUCUAAUGCUGGAAGCUGUGAACAAUAUUAAAGACGUAAUGCCCAAAUUGCAGAUAAGAGCCCCUCUUAGAGAAAAUAAUGAUGCUGGGGAUAGACCAUGUUUGCAAGGAUAUUACACAGCAGCUGAAUUGAAGCCUCUUCUUGAUCGCCCACCUCAGGACUCCAAUGCCCCAGGUGCUUCUGGGAAACCAUUCAAACCGAACAAUUUAAGUCCUGAAGAACAAAAAGAAAAAGAGAGAGGGGAAAUCAAACAUUGUUUUAAUGCUUUUGUAAGUGACCGGAUUUCAUUGCACCGAGACCUUGGACCAGACACUCGACCUCCUGAAUGUAUUGAGCAAAAAUUUAAGCGCUGUCCUUCCUUGCCUACCACAAGUGUCAUCAUAAUUUUUCACAAUGAAGCAUGGUCUACUCUGCUUAGAACUGUCCACAGUGUACUUUAUUCUUCACCAGCCAUACUGCUGAAAGAAAUCAUUUUGGUAGAUGAUGCCAGUGAGGACGACUAUUUACAUGAUAAACUAGAUGAAUAUAUUAAGCAGUUUCAAAUAGUAAAAGUUGUUCGACAAAAAGAAAGACAAGGUCUGAUCAAUGCCCGAUUGCUAGGAGCAUCAGUAGCAACUGCUGAAACACUUACCUUUUUAGAUUCCCACUGUGAAUGCUUUUAUGGUUGGUUAGAGCCUUUGUUGUCAAGAAUAGCUGAGAACUACACAGCAGUUGUGAGUCCAGACAUUGCAUCCAUAGAUCUUACUACAUUUGAAUUCAGCAAACCUUCUCCUUAUGGGCAUAACCAUAACCGUGGAAAUUUUGACUGGAGCUUAUCAUUUGGCUGGGAAUCUCUUCCUGAUCAUGAAAAACAAAGAAGAAAAGAUGAAACCUAUCCAAUUAGAACACCCACUUUUGCAGGAGGUCUCUUUUCUAUAUCAAAGAAAUAUUUUGAAUAUAUUGGAACUUAUGAUGAAGAAAUGAAAAUCUGGGGAGGAGAAAAUAUAGAAAUGUCUUUCAGAGUAUGGCAAUGUGGUGGGCAGUUGGAGAUUAUGCCUUGCUCUGUUGUUGGACAUGUUUUUCGCAGCAAAAGCCCUCAUACAUUUCCAAAAGGCACUCAGGUGAUUGCCCGUAACCAAGUUCGUCUUGCAGAAGUCUGGAUGGAUGAAUUUAAAGAUAUAUUUUAUCGAAGAAAUACAGAAGCAGCAAAAAUUGUCAAACAGAAAGCCUUUGGAGAUAUUUCAAAAAGACUUGAUAUAAGACACCGUCUCCAAUGUAAAAAUUUUACUUGGUAUUUAAACAAUAUUUAUCCAGAAAUAUAUGUGCCAGAUCUUAACCCUGUAAUAUCUGGAUAUAUACAAAAUAUAGGCCGCCAUUUAUGUUUGGAUGUUGGAGAAAACAACCAAGGUGGCAAGCCACUAAUUAUGUAUACAUGUCAUUUUCUUGGAGGAAAUCAGUAUUUUGAAUAUUCUGAACAGCAUGAAAUUAGGCAUAGCAUCCAGCAAGAGUUAUGUCUUCAUGCUCUUCGAGGCCCGGUUCAGAUGAAGGCAUGUAGCUACAAAGGUCAGAAAACACUUACCGUUCAUGAACAGAAAUGGGAAAUUCGAAAGGAUCAUCUACUGUACAAUCCAUCACUAAACAUGUGUCUUACGGGAAAUGGAGAGCAUCCAAGCUUGGUGUCAUGUAAUCCAUCGGAUGUAUUCCAGAAGUGGGAUUUUGUCCAUCAAACAUAAGUGUUACUUAGAAUUAGGGAAUUUAAAAAAGAGGUAUACUUUCUUAUAAAACUGUGACUAGGCAUACACUGUAGUUUUGGGAAAUUAUGCA